AGUUUAGUUGGCCGCGAGAGGGCGCUAGGCAAAAAGCAUGAUCGCAAUGGCUGCUCACAUGUGAAACGACACAAACACGAAGUUACAAAAGUUAUAAAAUAAUGCUGGAGUAAGGAACCAGUCGGGGAAAAUGCUGAAUCCCUGAAAAGGCAGGUCAACCGUGCCAGGUCAACCCUAAUUACUGCCAAUGAAGCGGAUGAAUUCAUCACACAUCUUGAUGAGUUUCUUGAAGAAACCCGUAAUCUUCUCCGCAAUCCUCCAGCACCCUGUUCAUAUGCAGCACCUAAAGUGCUGACAGGUACGUCAUCAUCAAAGAGCAGUUAAGCUUCUUAACCCAAAUUGGACUUCCAGCAACAACCAUGGCGGAAGCAUUGGGUGUGUCAGAAAGUACCAUCAGAAGACGACUUAGUGAGUUUGAAAUAAAACUUGGCAGCUAUUGUGACCUGAGUGAUGAUGCCCUGGAUAUGACUCUUAGAGAGGUGAUUGGGCAUAACAAGAAUGUUGGCUCCGAGGGGGCCAGAGACAGGCUAAAGUCAAGAGGGAUUAAAGUGCAGAGGCAGAGGGUCCGAGAUGCCAUGGAGAGGGUUGACCCAGCUGGAGUUGCACUUCGAGCCCUUCACCCGAGGCUUGAGAGAAGUGUAUAUAAUGUUGCUGGGCCAAACUCACUAUGGCAUAUUGAUGGGAACCACAAACUUAUCAGAUAUCGCAUAAUUAUUCAUGGAUGCAUUGAUGGCAGCUCCAGACUGUUAGUAUUUCUCAAAGCCUCUUCAAACAACCUUGCUGCCACUGUUCUUGAGAAUUUUGUAAAGGCUGCAGGAGAAUAUGGCAUGCCAUCGCGUGUGAGGAUGGAUCAGGGAGUGGAAAAUGGAGAUGUCUCCCUCAUCAUGGAGUUGAUGCGUGGAUUUGGAAGGGGAAGUGCCAUCCGUGGAAGAAGUUGCCAUAACCAGCGGAUUGAGAGAGCCUGGGUCGAUGUUUGGAAUGGGGUGACCAAUGUGUAUCACACACUCUUUGCCUUCCUUGAAUCAAGGCAACUUCUUGGUGCGUACAGUAUCACUUAUCAGUUGAGACCAGACCAUGUCAAAUUUGGACAGAGUUGCUGUAAUAACUUGAUCAAUAACUUCACCACUCAAGUCCCACAUGAGUCACAUGAUGGCUUAUUAAACUCAGCUUGACUCCAGUCCCUCAUCAAAAGACUCUGUCCAAGCAAAGAUGAAAUUAACAUCAAACCUUUACGCUGCAAAAUUUGUGUUGAAACAGUACAGCACAGCAGCAUUUGAAUUAUCCGAAAUGAUUUUCUAUAGUGCAGUUUGAAUUUGAUGGCCUAUGCUUCUUAGAAUUAGGUGAAACCGCUGAUUUGAUCUAUUGUCUUUGUAUAGUGUUUAAAUAUUUGUGACUCAAUUAAGAGUCAACCUUCUUGAUCUAACAACUCCACUCAACUCACUUUCUUAAACAACUCAACGUGGCUUGUAACAAAACUCAGUGACUCGUUACAACGCCGAGUCUCAAGUUUAUCAUAUUGUUAUGAAUCUUGAACAACAUGUUGUUCAGGUGAAUCCAUCUAACACAUUCAGUUAAGUCUCCUUGCAGAGCAUGAAGUAAAUUCAUCUCUAAAUGA